AUUUCCCCCGUGCCCGCGGGUCUUCCCCCUCCUGGUCCCCGCGCUACCACGAGCCCCCUCCCCGAGAGCGCCUUGAUCUGGAAAGUUCGGUGUGCCCUGCCGCGUGUGGCUGCCGAGCACCUGAAGUGUGGGGAGCGGCCGGGGGACCGGCCUUACGGUUCCUCGUGAACUCACUCGUUACCGAACAGCCGCCUCGGAAGGUGCCUGCGAAGCGCAGACUUCCGAGUCGGGUCCACUCGGCGCUGUGCGGGGAGACGCGGCAACCGCAGGAGAGGGCUGGAGGAUGGGCUAAUGCGGCUGGCACUUUUUGAGUUUUCAGAUUUCACAGAGAUGAUGAGAGCCCUGGGAUACCCACGACACAUUUCUAUGGAAAAUUUCCGCACACCCAACUUUGGGCUUGUGUCUGAAGUGCUGCUCUGGCUUGUGAAAAGGUAUGAGCCCCAGACUGACAUCCCUUCUGAUGUUGAGACUGAACAAGACCGAGUUUUCUUCAUUAAGGCCAUUGCCCAGUUCAUGGCCACGAAAGCACAUAUAAAACUCAAUACUAAGAAGCUUUACCAGGCUGAUGGAUAUGCAGUGAAAGAACUGCUGAAGGUCACAUCUGUCCUUUAUAAUGCUAUGAAGACCAAAGGGAUGGAGAGUUCAAAAAUAGGAGAGGAAGAUGUCAGCAAAUUCAAGUUUGAUCUCGGCUCCAAGAUUGCAGAUUUGAAAGCAGCCAGGCAGCUUGCUUCUGAAAUCACCUCCAAAGGAGCAUCACUAUAUGACUUGCUGGGCAAGGAGGUUGAAUUGAGGGAACUGAGAACAGAAGCCAUUGCCAGACCCCUGGAAAUAAAUGAAACUGAAAAAGUAAUGAGAAUUGCAAUAAAAGAGAUUUUGGCGCAGGUUCAGAAGACUAAAGACCUGCUCAAUAAUGUGGCCUCCGAUGAAGCUAAUUUAGAAGCCAAAAUUGAAAAGAGAAAAUUAGAACUGGAAAGAAAUCGGAAGCGACUGCAGACUCUACAGAGCGUCAGACCAGCCUUUAUGGAUGAGUAUGAGAAGAUUGAGGAAGAAUUGCAAAAGCACUACGAUGUUUACCUAGAAAAAUUUCGAAAUUUGGCUUACCUGGAACAGCAGCUUGAGGAUCAUCACAGGAUGGAGCAGGAGAGGUUUGAAGAAGCUGAAAAUACUCUCCGCCUGAUGCAGAACAAGCUAAAGGAGGAGGAAAAGCGGCUACUCAAGAGUGGAAGUAAUGAUGACUCAGACAUAGACAUCCAGGAGGAUGAUGAAUCCGACAGUGAGUUGGAGGAACGGCGGCUGUCCAAGCCACGGACGGCCAUGGAGGUGCUCAUGCAAGGAAGACCGGGCAAACGCGUCGUGGGCACAAUGCAAGGUGGAGACUCUGAUGACGAUGAAGACUCGGAGGACAGUGAAAUUGACAUGGAAGAUGAUGAAGAAGAUGACGAUGAUUUGGAAGAUGAGAGCAUUGCUCUCUCACCAGCAAAGCCCAAUCGAAGGGUUCGGAAACCUGAGCCCCUGGAUGAGAGUGACAAUGACUUCUGACCCUCUUGCCAAGGGACCCAGGCAGAUUAAAAGCCUCAGAUUUGUAGGUAAAUGGGAAAUUAGAUGGCAAGGAAGUUAACGUGUAUUUUGUUCAUUACGCCAGCUUGGCUCAUUAUUAAGAAGCAUUACUUCUUUCUGCUUUAUCAUCUUGUAUUUGUAUUCCACAAAGUCUAAUCAACAACUGAAGCAAACCCCAAAGAUGUUUUUUCUUUUGCCUUCUUUAUUUCCUAAACCUUGGGAAAUGCAUGUGUUCUUAGUAGUUCAAACCCACAGGACAAAACCAGGCUGAUAGUGUGUAAGUCUUGGCUGCUGCUGUUAUUACACAUUCCUCUCAGAACCCAGGAGAUCUUGGGUUGGAAUUUGGCACAAUACUUGUUUUAGGAGUUACAGGGGAACAUCUGGCUUGUUAAUCACUUGCAUAGUUUAGAACAUUUACUAUAUAUCAGCUUUUAAUUCUUGCCUUUAUUUUUUUCUUCUCAUAAUUUCUUACUCUAUCACUGAGCUACAUCUCCAGCCUUUUUAAUUUUUUUAUUUUUGAAGCAGGUUCUUGCUAAGCUACUAAGGAUGCUGACAUUCCCCUGGGAGUCAGAUCCAUCUCAGAUCAAAAUCCCCUCUGUUUCCCCAGUUAAAUUUGGGAACCGCAGACCUGGGCUACCCCUUCAGAGAUUCCAAACUCCUGCCACAGUGGCGGUUGGGACUCCACUCUCCUUCCUUGGUCUUGUCUAAAGUGUGGCAAGACAUUUAUCCAUAAUAUAGGGACAAAGACAGUUUCUCUGAAUCUCCCAACCCACAUGUCUCUUUAGGAGAAGGAGUCAGUUAAGGAAAAAUUGCCAAUAUACAUUCAUGUUUCUCAUUUAAAAAAAAAA